AUGAGAGCUGGGAAUACAGAAAUAGCCUAUUACGGGGCGUGUAAAUUGGGCCUCGCAAUGCCUGAGCCAGCCAAGUCCGCUCCAGCCCCGAAGAAGGGCUCCAAGAAGGCGGUGACCAAGGCGCAGAAAAAGGAUGGCAAGAAACGCAAGCGCAGCCGCAAAGAGAGCUACUCCGUCUACGUGUACAAGGUGCUGAAACAGGUCCACCCUGACACCGGCAUCUCGUCCAAGCGCAUCGCAGGCGAGGCGUCUCGCCUGGCGCAUUACAACAAGCGCUCGACCAUCACGUCCAGGGAGAUCCAGACGGCCGUGCGCCUGCUGCUUCCCGGGGAAUUGGCCAAGCACGCCGUGUCCGAGGGUACCAAGGCCGUCACCAAGUACACCAGCUCCAAGUAA